CAGCCGCGUUGAUAAAAUCCCCAUUUAACGCGUUCUCCUUUCCCUUUCUGGAGGUCCCUUCCCUUCUUGUGCGUCUUGUUCCGGCGGUCGCAGGCCGCCAGUUUUUCUCCACUCAAACCAGAGAGGGAACGCAGGAAGAGAGACUUCAUCAAAAUGGCGUCCAUGAAGAAGGGAUCGGCUGCCGCCAAGGGUAGCAGCGGAGGGAAGAAGAAGCUGCCAGCGGCGCCCUUGGCCGGCAAGUCUGGCAAGAAGGUCCAGAAGUCUCCGAUCUUCGCUAAGACGCCGAGAAGCUUCCGUGUUGGUGGAAACAUCCAGCCGAGACGCGACCUCAGCCGAUUCGUCAAGUGGCCGAAGUACAUUCUGCUCCAACGGCAGCGCAGAGUGCUGAUGCAGCGCCUGAAGGUCCCCCCUGCGAUCAACCAGUUCACACACACUCUGGACAAGAACCAGACCUCUCAGCUCAUGCGUCUGCUCGCCAAGUACAAGCCUGAGACUCGCGCUGAGAAGAAGCAGCGUCUUCUGCAGGAGGCCGAGAGACAGAGUGCUGGCGGUGCUGCUGGUGGAAAGAAGCCCGUCAUGAUCAAAUACGGUAUCAACCAUGUGACAGAUCUGAUUGAGAUCAAGAAGGCGAAACUUGUUGUCAUCGCGCACGACGUCACCCCCGUCGAGCUUGUCUGCUUUAUCCCCCAGCUUUGCCGCAAGAAGGAGGUGCCGUACUGCAUCGUCAAGGGCAAGAGCAGACUCGGACAAUUGGUCCACCAGAAGAACUGCCCUGUGCUCGCCAUUGAUAACGUCAGAAAGGAGGACCAAGCCGAGUUGGAGGCACAGUGCAAGAUCUACCGCGCUAUGUUCAACGACAACUCCGAAGUCCGCAGACGCUGGGGCGGUGGCAUCAACGGCAUCAAGUCGCAGCACGCCCAGCAGAAGAAGGAGAAGCUGAUCAACAUUGAGUUGAAGAAGAAGAUGGGUCUUCAGCUUGCUUGAGGACGGUUUGUUCUUGCGCGUGAAUCUGCUCUGUGUUGACAUGUCAGAAGGAAGGGGGUCUCGGCUGAACGGGGUUGUCGGCGUGCAGAGCAGCUUGUGUGGUAUGCCUUCACUUCCUCGGUGCGAACAGCAGCUGAGACCUUUGUUAGACUGUCUCUUGCUUCUGUGAAUUCAAGGUGACUUCGCUCGAAGGCAGUCUACAAACAGGAUUGCCGACUGAUGAUCAUGUGGUGCUGCUGUCG